AGCGACCCCAUGUUUCUGGACGCCAUCUUCUUUAUACCCACACUAUUUACUUACCUGCUUAUCGUACUGCUCAUCGUCAUCCUGUGCUUCGUGGUGGUCUAUAUAAGCCACAAGAUUUAUGUAUCCGUCUACGACAACCUGCCUCUGGCCGCUUUGCCCGGCAGCUCACGUCAACAGCUCCUGGGUCUGCGUCACUCAAAUCAUGCGAUGACCAUACGGGAAUACCUGGACACCUCCCUCCGCAGUCCGCGCUCCAAUCAGCCGAGCUUACGGUCCGUUUGGAUUCAGAACAGGUCCCAGAUCUUGGAGACCUCUUCGGUCCUGCGUAUAGUGCUCUCCCUGGAGCCCUGUUAUCUGGUCAGCGCCGAGUUUGAUGUGAGCUCCAGCCGGAAGGCCAUCAGUUUCUUGUGCAACUGCCGGGACCAGCCCAUGUGUGCUGCCGCAGAACAGAGGCCUUCUGGGUCCUUACACAUAGUGCGGUUCUAUGACCACCUCUCCAAGAUCCCGCGCCUCAAAGUCAUGCUCAAGUGCAACCAAAGGAGGCCGGAGGCGAGGCCGGAUAGUCGGAUACAGUUAACCCUGGACGACGUGAUCCAGGAGGCCAGAGAUAACCAGGAUGCCCGGUGCACGGAUAACGCCGCCGCCUGUCGACCUGGUUCCUCACGCCGGAACUCCCGGAUACCGGAUUAAAGGGAUGGGAGGGUUUGGCCUUGGAUAGGGGCCAUACGUCGUCUGUUCUAGGCUGCUUUUGCUGAAUAACUUGUUUUAUUAAAUUGUAUACAAAGAUCAAUGAGCUGGAGGCUACAGGGUCGACGGGUGGUUCAGUGGGUCGGGCACUGAGCUCACGCUAGUUUAUGAUAAUCGCGUGACAACGAAGGUGAAAGCCAGUGGAACAGGGGCGCACACAUGUGUGGUCAAGUGGGGCUGUUACUUUUCCGGGCAGUGUUAAUUUUAAUUUUGUAUUUUAGGGUUAAAAUAUUU